AUGUUUAAACCCAUCUAUAGAUGCAUAGACUGUGACGAAUAUUGCCAUCGGAUAUGCUACAAAGAAAAUAUUAUCAACCCAGCUGAAAAUAACUGUAAUGUAAUGAUGGGUAUAAUUAAAAAAAACACAAACCAGGACAUAGAUAAAAGCGUCGAUGAUGAAGAUCGGUUAAUAAUGACUAAACACUGCAGCAAGGAGACAGCCAUCGGAGGAUUUGUACAACCAGUAACCGUCGUGUACCCAUCUUUUAUACAAAAGCGAUGUACAAUAAAUCGUGUCCUUGAAGCACUACACAAAUUAUUUCCAGAAGUAAUGUACCCACCAUACAAUGGCUUUUUUUUUGGAAAUUCAAACAAUACAAUUAUACAUUAA